UCUCAGCGAUCAGGAAAGAGGGUGGCGAAGGAUAACAGAGUGACUGGUACAUUUUGUCUUGGGCCAGAAACUAGAGGAACAGUGCUCUCCCCAGCCUGGAAUCUUUCCCUGGCAGAAUUAUAUUGCCUGAGCGGAAGAAAUGGCCGUAAUGGGGUCGGGAAUUGGCGCUUUCGUCUGUCUUUCUGUUUACCUGUUAGCAACGGACAACGUCGCUUUAGCCGUUAGCAUGGAAACACUUGUGCAUCAAGAUGGGGAUCAAAAACAGGAGGCAGACAUUUUGGGAAAUCCUGGCGAUUCAGUAUUGCGGCCACCAGCAGCACGCCGUUGGUAUGGCCGUCUCGGACCAGAUGGAGCGACUCUACAGUCAAUAAUGGUGGACCUACUCGGCCGUGGGGUUUCUCCUGGCAGUGAUGAGUCCACGGACGAUGAUAAUUUUAGGGUUCCCUCUCUUCUUCUACCGACCAUCUCAAAUCCGUUCCCCCAGUAUCGUGAUAACUUGAAAACGUCAAGUCAACGGGCCUACUUUCGACCAUUGCUUUGUCCAGAGCCCAUCACUAUCUCCGAGCCUGGUCUAGCUCCUUACCAGGUUCUAGUAUUUCUCUCCACCGCCCCAGAAGGUUGGAAAGUUGUCGGUGCUCGUAAGCGUGUGUUUUAUGCAACCUAUGACGUGUCUCCGCCUGAGGGUCAGACCUGGCAAACACGCACUGCCUUGCAGCGGCGGCGACCACUACCCACCGUGUGUGGCAACCACAGCGACGAUCUACUGCCUGCACUUGCAUUUAGUGCAGCUCAGCAAGCUGUCUACCUGUUUGGUUUCGGUGUUCAUCCCAGCUGUGCAGUAUUGCAGCGAUGGAAAGUGGGCGAUGAUGACGGGUUUCGUGAGGUGAGCAGCUCUGGUGGUCAGCAUGUACCACACCUUUUCCAUACCCUGCUCGCCGUGGACUCUCCGAAAGACAACUCCACCACACUGCUACUAUCAUUCGGCGGUCUACCCAACGAGUGUCUGCCAUCACUUAAUCGCAGUGCUUGUAAGAGCUAUUCCAGCGACAUGUGGUCGCUGGUGGUAAGUGUUGACAAUUCCACCAGCAACAGGAACUGGUCACCAGUGUACUACGCCGAGAACAACACGAUCCCAAGUGGCCGCCUUGCCCCCAUUGUUGUAGCUGUUGAUGAUGAUAAUUUGCUUAUGUACGGUGGUGUGGGUCGGCAGGAGAUUUCCCUGACACAUGCUCCUGUUAUGCACUGGAGAGACGUGCCGAUGUGUGAUCUGUGGCUGUAUCAACUGAGUAGCCGAGAAUGGAGGCAGCUCGAUGGGCUGCAACGAAUCUGCAACACCCGCAAAAGAAAUCCCUGCGAAAGAGAAACACCAAUGCGGCCUCUGGCCUCCUACGACAGACGAGAGAGGCUACUGACCGUGGUCUCUUUGUUUUCUUCUUCAGUUAGUGUCUCCCAAUGGCAAUGUUUCAUUGAUCGCAUCCAAGUAGCUACGUUCAGUUGGAUGAGAAAGGAGUGGGUGUUGAAGGAUUUCCAGCACAACGUACAGAAGAAUAUCAUGAUACACGGAAAAUUUGGAGAAGCGCGGAAACGACAAGAAUUUCUCGCGUGGAAUGGACGCAAAAUAUUGACAAGUGUACUCCGCCUUCAGAGCGCAGAGAUUGUAGUCUCAAAGGCGAACGAGAGAAGUGGUUUUGGAACUGUGGACUGGAGAUAUCUGACUGGGGGCGAGGUGGAAGUCUUCAGGUUUGUCGGCAACUUUGGCUGUAUGAGUCCGCCGGUGGUUAGGGCUAAAGACGACACGUUCGUAUUCCUGGGAGGAUUUUGUACGAGCACAGAUCACAUCUACAAAGGCUACCACAUACCAAACUGGAAGGUGAUGCCAGUAUGGUACUACAGCAAGUCAGGAUUUUACACGAUGCGGAUUGUGAAGCCGGGCCCGCCAUUUUUACAACGUAGUCUCUACAGCGUAGUCAAGCUGGAAUCCAAGGGAGGCACAACAGCUGCCGGACACAGCAAGGCAGUCAUGUUCGGUGGUGUCUCCCUUACGGGCCAUCCUCUCCCCGCUGAAAUUUGGUGCUUUGACUUGCGCAGUGGCUACUGGCAACAAGGUGUGGAACGAAACCGUACAAAUUCUCCAGGUGCCCAGGGACAGCCGUUGGCUGGCCAUGUGGCGUUUUCUAUGGCUUCAACAAAGUAUCCAACGUUCAUCGUGUAUGGCGGAGCAGAUCUCGGGAGCCCGUUUCUCUCUAAUUCUCACAAGCUUUCUGCAUUUGAAUUUGAUGAUUUGGGUGAAUGCAGAGGGCGUUGGCGCUCGAUUUCCUCAAUCGUGGAGCCAACAAAUCGCACCCUGCCUUCUCUUGUUCUACAUUCUGUGACCACAUUCGAGGACCAGAUAUACGUGUUUGGCGGGUAUCCAACUUUCCGUGGCAUUAAGGAUAUGCCAUGUGGCUCGUUUUUUCGCCUGGACGUGGACGUCACUGGGGACCAAGGCCGGGCGUCAUGUGAGCCGAUAACAGGCACACCUCACCAUCUCCGGACUCUCAUGGGCCACUCGUUGACGCAGUACUCUAGUGACUCACUACUCUUGCUGGGAGGUUGUAGUCAACCACAUUGCCUGAGUAAGACACGUCGUGCCCAGAUUGCGUAUUUGUUGAAGUUUAACGACAGGAAGCAUCGCUCUGCAGUCACAGCUAUCACGUUUUUCACCCAUACCCCUAUUCUGUUUCCGCGUGUCGAAGGGAAUGGGGUGUUUGGAAGCGUAUUGAACACGGUAUCCCCCAGAUUUUACGGAAGGCUCAAUCCAGAGUUCAAGCCUGCAUCAUCGUAUGUGUGUUUUAAUGAGUUGGUGACCAAGGCAUGUCCAGUAGGAUACGGAAAUCUCGGAAAUGGCAAAACAGAGUUGGAAUGUGAACCUUGUCCUAAUGGCACUUUCUCCGACACCACGUCCACUAACUGCACGCUCUGUCCAAGGUUCACCAGACCCCUCUCCAGUCGAAUUGGAUGCGAAGCAAUCAAUCCUUGUGAAAGUAGCCCUUGCCACCAUGGCACCUGUAUCCCUGGCAUUGGCCAAUUUACAUGUCAUUGCAGCUCUGGUUAUGUGGCCUAUGAUCAUUGUCAGAUACCCUGGGUUAACAUUGGUGCAAGCUGUGGUUCGGCUUUGGCCAUAUACGUGGCUCUCGGCAUCAUCACUGGCAUCUAUAGGCGAAUGAGGCGAGAGUCUCGCAGGAAAGAUGAGCAAAUCCAAGAUCGUGAUGUGACGAUCUGUGACUAUCGCAAAACACUGGAAGAGCUCGCUAAGAGCCGCUACAUCCGCUCCGAUGAACUGGACUUGCAAGAUCCGGUCAGUGCUACUCGCCUUGCCGUCAGCUCGCAGAGUGAGAUCUGGAAAGCCAAACUGGGUGACAUGGUCGUGGCUGUGAAACAGCUGCGUGGGAAACACUCCACAUCACGUCAACGGAAGGAGCGUUUCUACGAGGAGGCAGAUGAGCUGCGGCGUGUUCGCCAUCGCAAUAUUGUCAUGUUCCUUGGUGCCGGGCCAGAGCAGGGCCAGGAACGACGACGUCCGUUCAUUGUCCUGGAGUACAUGGCACGUGGGUCACUGCACUCCAUCCUGAGCAAUCCAGCCGUCAAGCUGGAGCUAGCGAAUGUUGUCGACUUUGCCCUAGAUGCUGCACGUGGCAUGAAGUUCUUGCACGGCCUGGACCCAGCCCGCAUUCACUGUAAUCUGAAAACGCCCAACUUGUUGGUGACGGAGAAGUGGGUGGUGAAAGUGGCUGACUUCGGCAUGGCGGCGCUGCUAUCAAGGUAUGGCGAGCAAGAUGGACACGCAGCUGCCCACAGAGGAUCGGUCCAAACGGCGGGCAGCUUAUUCCGUGCGCUCAGUGAGAGUGCUCCUCUGCUGUCGCCCACCGCCGCGCCUGAAUAUCCAGCAUACCCGAACAGGGCCCCGGGCAAUAGGUGGAGUUCCCCGGAGACACUGGUUGAUGGUAUAUUCAACUGUAAGACAGAUGUUUACAGCUUCGGUGUAGUGCUCUGGGAAAUGUACACACGUCUCACACCUUACCAGGGCAUUGAGGACUUUGAUGACAUCAGCAGCCUGAUCAAGUUGGGUCAGCGUCCGGAGCUACCCGCCGCGAUGCCCUUGACGUACCGAGAGCUUGUGGAGAAAUGCUGGCACAGUGUGGUAGGGGAGCGUCCGACGUUUCCCGGAGUUGUGCGCUGCCUCAAGAGGAUGCAGAAGGAGAUCACAAGAUCUGUUGAGGAAGCCGUGGAACUGUAGUUGCUCAGGAUCGCACUGUGUAAAUGCACUAUGAUUCUCAUGAGCAAAUAUGAGGCUGAGAUAUAGCCAUGUCUCUCUCCCUCUCCCCCUCUCUCUCUCUCUCUCUCUCUCUCUCUCUCUCUCUCUCUCUCUCUCUCUCUCUCUCUCUCUCUCUCUCUCUCUCUCUCGCUCUCUCUCGCUCUCGCUCUCUCUCUCUCUCUCGCUCUCCAAGUAAUAUUAAAGUUGUUGUCGUCUACCUUUCGUGCAUUCGUUAUAGUAAAAAUGCACUACAGUUCAUCUCUUCGCAUAUCCUCUUUUUGUUACAGCAGAAUGACGGUGAUACUAUCACUUUGUUAGUGUAUUGAUUGACGAUGACGGAGAUAUCUAUAUUAUGAGGCCACCGUGAAUGAAGAGUUUCAGUUUUUGAGACCUUCACAGUGUAUAAGAGCUGUAGAUAGUAGACAUUAUCACACAACGCGAUGGUGUUCUUGCGUAACAUCGUGCUAUGUUCCAUGUGUGGAGAAGUCUGAAUCUCCUACUCUGUACAGCACUAAAUCAGCUGUUAUUGUUUUCACCCCCCCCCCCCCCACACACACACCCCCCACCUACUACCCACGUUACCCAUUUAUUCUCGUACAUGUGCAUGUGGUGAUUGUACUAGGCUUUCAUACAUGUACACUGCUUCACCGAAGGACGUACCCAGAGUGCUGACAGUGCUCAACACCACAAAGGCAGAGCGUAAUACACAACAGAACAACAAGGACAAUCAAGGCUUGUUUGCUGCUACUUUAAGUUUCACGCUCACGCAAUCAUCAGGCAACUGUCCGUUGUGUACACUGCUUCUAAAUUUCUUUGCUUUGCCUUCUGAAUUUCUCCCCAAUUCCAUCAUAUCAUCUUGAUCCAUCUAUAGCCAAGUAUAGGCAGCGGUAUCCGUGAGACGGACGGCUGCAUUAAACGUGCUACUUCUUCUACAUUUGGUGUUGUAAUCCUUUAUUUCAAUUCACUUUUGAAAGCACAGGCAGUACUACUGCCUUCUCACCAGA